AUGGCCUCUCUAAACACCUCCUCCAAUGGCCCCUCUAUCAAGUCCUCAUACAACGGAGUAAUCAAUUCUCCACAACCCUCCGGACCAGCCGCCGGCUCUUCUACCUAUGGCCAGUGGGCCGUCUUUUCUGUCUCAGCACCUCUGGUGAAUGCUUUCCAGCAAGACAGCGGCGGGAAGGAGAGCGUCCUCAAAGUACAGGCCACUGGAGAGGGGGAACUUCUAGAUCUAAUCGAAGACUUCUCGGAAGGCCGUGUCCAAUUCGCCUUUGUGAAAGUCAAGGACCCCAACACAACUCUGCCGAAAUAUGUUUUGAUAGGAUGGUGCGGAGAGGGUGUGCCUGAAAGAACAAAAGGCUAUUUCACAAGCCACCUAGCAGCGGUUUCCAAGAUUCUCCACGGAUACCAUGUGCAAAUCACAGCUCGUUCCGAUCGCGACCUCACACCCGAAAGCAUCAUUCAGAAAGUUUCAGAUGCUUCGGGGGCCAAAUACUCUUCAAGUACAGCACCACCACCAUCCUCAGGACCUCCCCCAAUAGCUGCCAAAUCGAAGCCGGCUUUCAAUCCCACACGGUCAGGCGGCACAUCGGGUUUCAAUCCUUUGGCGGGCUCCCGAUCGCGACCCAACCAAGACAGCAAUGUUGACGAAGAUGGAUGGGGAGCUGAUGCGCCAGAGGUUACUCGCUCGCAACUCGAAAAGGUCGCUCCGGCGUACAAACCAACAAAGGUAAAUAUGACCGAACUCACAAAGCAGAAGCAGGAGCCCUCCCGAUUCAAUGGACGAGAGAAGGAGCAGGAUAGUGAUGUGGUGAGAGGUGGUUACCAACCGGUUGGAAAGGUUGACAUUGCAGCCAUCCGUGCAAAAGCACAGAAGAAGGACGAUGAUCGACCAACGACCGUGAAAGGUGCAUAUGAGCCAGUUGGCAAAGUAGAUAUUGCAGCUAUUCGUGCCAGGGCCCAAAAGCCUGCAGAUGAUGGGCCUCGAAGAAUUUCCCCUGCCGCAACUGGGGCUUCUGCUACGAGCAAUACCGGCGAGGAGCCAAAAUCCCUCGCCGAUCGAUCCUCCGCCUUCUCGCAAUCCGAACGCUUGACUUCGAUGCCCAAGCCAAAGGUUGCGAACAGGUUCGGAUCGGGCGCAUCAAAUUUCACAGGCACUAAGGCACCUACCCCGGGUGCAUAUGGCCUUCAAUCAUCACCUAUUACGGCGGCCCCAGCACCUGUAGGUGCAGCAAGCAGGACCUUCGCCGACGAGGGAGGCAAGACGCCGGCUCAAAUUUGGCAAGAGAAGAAAGCUCGUGAGAGAGGACUUAGCGGUGCUGGAAACGCUGCUCCAAGCUCCACCCCGCCUAUCAAGAGCCAAGAAAGCGGUGGAGGGGAAUGGAAGAGUGGCUACAGUGGGAAGUCCUGGGCCCCCGUCGCAACCACUGCGACAGGUCGCUCGGGCUCUGGUAGUAUUGGCCAGCAGAGAACCGGGGAACAAGAACGUGAAGACGAGGAACAAGCCCCAGCCUCGCCAGCGGGCGGGAUUGGGGCAAUUCGGGAUCGUUUCAAGGGAGGAGCUCCAAUGGGUGCACCCAGUAUUCCAAAAGCAACAACUGGAGACUCAUCUGCCUCACCACCCCCGAUCAACACGUCAAACCGACCUACUGGUGGUGUUCCAAUGCCAGGUCUUCCUUCGCGACCAAGUCACAAUGACCAAGAUGACGAGGAUGAGGAUGAUCAGGGCACUACGAACAUGCCAGCAGCGCCACCACGUAUUCAACGAAGCCCUACACCACCUACUCCGGAACGUGAAACCUCUCCUGUUCGGAUUGCUAUGCCUGUUUCUCGCACGAAAGCACCUGAAUUCGAAGCACCUGAGGAGCGAAACUCUCCUCCGGCGCUACCGACUAACAUUGGUCGACAAAUACCCAAAGAAGAAGAUUUGACAGAAGAGCCACGCGGGCAUGACCCAGCGCGUGGUGCGGGAGCCGCAGUGGCUGCAGCAACAUUCGGGGCAGCUGCAGCGGCAGCAACGAAUCAAGAUUCUGCCCCAAGUGGCAAGCGAGCUGUCAUUCAGUAUGAUUACGAAAAAGCAGAAGACAACGAACUAGAGCUUGUCGAGGGCGAAAUUGUCACAAACAUUGAGAUGGUCGAUGACGAUUGGUGGAUGGGUACCAACCAGAAAGGCGAGAGCGGCUUGUUCCCAAGCAACUAUGUCGAGCUCAUCGAAGGAGAUGAAGAAGAGCAAGAGGCACCUCCUGCGCCAGCAGCUAGGACUCCUGCUCCGGCACCAGAACCUGCUGCCGAGUCAGCCGGCGCAACCGCAAUUGCGAUCUAUGACUAUGAGGCAGCUGAAGAUAACGAACUAAGUUUCGACGAAGAUGCUAAAAUCACCGGUCUCGAAUUCCCAGACGAAGACUGGUGGUUCGGGCAUUACAAUGGGAAAUCAGGUCUCUUCCCUGCCAAUUACGUAAAACUCGAAGACUAG